GUUCUCAAGCCCAUGUGGCCGUUCAUGGUAGCGGGCGCCAUCACUGUUUACUACGUUGCCAAAAUUCAAGACAUGGCUGUCCGAUCUCCGGAAUACGCCAAGGAUCCCAAAAAUCCGUAUGCCACGCAAAUAUCAAACUCGUCGGCUCAUUAG